UUGUGGUUAUCAUUGUCUAAUGUCUUCCAUUUUAGGCAGAGGUCAUCCUUAAAAAAGCUUUUCCUGGGAAAAGAGCUGCAGUGAUGACCAACACCAAUCCCCCCAAAACUCCACCGAAAUCAACAAGAGUUGACUACCUUAUUAUUAAUCAGAUGAAGGAGCAAGCAAAGGUGGCAAGCCUUUUCGAUAGAAUGGAGUGUCUCUGUGGAGUUCCCCUGCAUAUUAACAUCCACGCAGCACUGAAAACACAUCACAUGGCCGUUUGCAUCACCCAGUCAAGACGCAAAGAGGACAGUGGAAACAUGACAAAACAGCAGCAGCAGGGAAUUAAUUUCACAGAGGACAGAGAUAACCCGUUGAUGGUCAUGGCACUGAAGGAACUGGCUGCUACAACCAAGAGGCUCCGAACAGCCCUGUGGUGCGCCCUCCAAAGCACGGUGCCCAAAGCCAUCAAGACUCAGGAGCACGAGGUGGAUGAGGAGGCCGCAUGUGCCGAAGGUGUCUCCUCUCCUUUCCUAGGUUACUCCUUCUGCUUAUGA